UAACUAGUACAUUAUCCUUGACCACAGAUGGCAGAGGGUGAUAAGAAGGUGGUGAAGAAGAAGAAGGCGGCCAAGAAGAGGCACUCGAGCCGCAACCCUGUAUUGGCUCGGGGGUUGUGUCGCUACUCCCGCUCUGUCAUGUAUGCUCGCAAAGCGCUAUAUAAGAGGAAAACCAAGGCACCUGAGACCAAGAUUGAAAAGAAGUUGAAGGAAAAGCUGCCGACAACGGUCACAAAGACCGUUGGGGGGGACAAGAAUGGAGGCACGCGUGUGGUCAAGCUGCGGAAGAUGCCCCGCUACUACCCCACAGAAGACGUUCCUCGCAAGCUCCUGAGUCACGGCAAGAAACCCUUCAGCCAGCACAAGCGACGGCUGCGUAGCUCCAUCACCCCAGGCACCGUCCUCAUCCUGCUGACGGGCCGGCACCGCGGAAAGCGUGUCGUGUUCCUGAAGCAGCUGUCCAGUGGUCUUCUUCUUGUCACCGGGCCGCUGGUCGUCAAUCGCGUGCCUCUUCGCAGAGCUCACCAAAAGUUUGUCAUUGCCACCACCACAAAAAUCGACAUCUCCACUGUGAAGAUCCCCAGGACCCUCACAGACUCGUACUUCAAGAAGAAGAAGCUGAGGAGACCCCGGCACCAGGAGGGCGAGAUCUUCGACACGGAGAAGGAGAAAUACCAGGUGACAGAGCAGCGUAAGAUUGACCAGAAGGCUGUGGACGCCCAGCUGCUGCCCCUCAUCAGGAAGGUCCCUCAGCUGAAGGGUUACCUGCGUGGCUCAUUCUGCCUCACCAAUGGUGUCUAUCCGCACAAGCUGGUCUUCUAAACAGUCUAAUAAAUGACAUCCUGUCCACUGA